AGCUGGUCGGUUGCAUGGCUACCUCGCGUAUACUCGCGUGAACGUGGAACUCUUUUACGGGAUGAAAAGAUCGCGACAAACUGACAAUUGUUUUGCAAGUCGCGGACGGAAAUGAUCGCGAGAUCGUUUCUUAACAUCGAUGAUCCUACGAGGGACGCGUACCGAUCGCAUACACGUGUGAAAUUAAAUUUUCGUGGCUAAAUGACACGGUUUAUUCGUGAUCGAGUGUUAUUUGUGCAAAUAUAAUUAGCAAUCAAGUGUAAAGUUUUCGGUAAAGUAUGGAACGGGAUAACGAUGAAAACGAGUGAAAUUGCGUCGACAUAAGAAAAACGGUGUUAAGCAGAUCCAUUCCUUCAAUUAUGAUUCAAAAGAUUCAUCUCCGAAAUUUUAAAAUGCAAGAAAUUUUCAAGAAAAUUUUAUGAAGACUCGCUAUAACGACAUAAAUAAUAAUCGUUGUAUCAUGCGGAUUUUAUUAUCAGCAAAAUACAUAAAUCGUCGAACUUCUACAAAAGAAUUAUCUUCAUUCUUUUUUGAAAAAGAAAUGCAAGUAUUUACGUCAGCUGCUGAAAAUCGGUGAUCGAGCAGAAAAAAAAUUCAUCUAAAAGAGCACUUGAUAUCCAUGAAAAGUUAAGACGCGCAAUCAGCUUAAAAGUAAAGCGGCUUCGAUUUUAUCGGAGAUAAAACUCGCUUCGAACGAGUAGUAAAUACUCGCUUUAGUCAGACAACGAAUAUCGAGAAUGUAAAAAAUAUUCUGCAGUUGCAGUUCUUUUUUUUUUUUGAGGAGGAUGCGGAUGGACGAAUAAUAAUUCUGCAAGUCUAAUCAUUUCUGUUGCUGCAUCGGCAGCUUUAUUCUCGAUAAAAAAAAAGGGGGACAAAAAAUCAUGAUAGAUUUUAUAAAAAACGAAAAUCAGAUUUAAUGAAUUUAUGCACGCAAUUUAGGAAUCAGAUAGCGCACGUCUACGGCAAUAAUGGCAAUUCCAAGAAUGAGAAUCCCAAAGGUAUUAUGGGCAAGAUAAUCGGUUAUUCCAAGGUUACUCGCAAGUGGAACAGUCAUUAGGGACUUCGUCGUGGGUGUCCCUCAGAAAAGUGUCUUUCUAACAUCGUGAUCGAUUGCCCACUAUAAAAAAAAACGCAAAAGCCUAUUACUAUUUCCUCUGUCUUCUAUUAUAUUUAAAUAAUAAUGCUGACAUUGUUCUAAAUACUUAAUGGAAGGUAAUUUUCUUCAAGGAAGAAAAUUUUGCGUGACGAAGAAUUAUAAUUAGUUUAAAAUUUAUUGGUGCGUUAAAACGUCACUCUUUUAAUUGUAAAACGGCCUUUUACUUGUUAAUUAUACGCCAGCAAAGUCUCGGCAACGACGCAGGGAACGACAGGAACAAAUUCUAACGACGUUACUUCCGACGGUAAUGGUGCGGCACAGAAAUCCGGAUCAAUAGCGCAUUUUUUAAACAGUUGUUUUAAGCGCCCACUCGAGCGUCGCGGUAAUGGGAUUACCGUCAUCUAAUUCUAUACUGUCCUAUGUAGAGCAUCCGCUCGCAACUAUACGGCUAAUGAAGUUAACACGUGGCAAUUGCUCUAAGUGCAUCAGAUAGAUCGGACACUAGAGCGUCUAGCGAAAGAACGGCGGGGGGGGGAGGAUCCGCGCAAACACAGGAGAAGACUUCCUCGGCAUUACACGCUAUUGUGCGCUCGAUUGACGAACGGUCGAUCACACCGGCUUAAAUUCCGAUCAGAGAAAUGGGGCAACCCGCCAGCGAUUGGGCAGAACUGUGAAUCACUUGCCUAAUGAGUCACUCGCGUGACACACUUGGAGCUUAUUACGAAUCUCCGGUACAUUAUCGUUGGAUUGUUAAUGUUACUGGUAACUAAUUAACUUCCAAGAAGAAAGGAAAGUUAAGAGAAAGUUACAAGUCGUUCGUUGAAUUCGAAAUCGAGCAGACUGGCGAUUUUUUGACGAGCGCUUUUUUUUCAUUCGUCAAUUUUCGUCGCUGCUGGAGAAGAUUAGAGAUUUGAAAUUCUAAGUGUUAUCUGACGCUCUUCGAAACGGCAUGACGAUCGUGCGUCACGACGUCACGCGUGUUCGUGCCCUAUAAGAGGAUGGUAGCUAUAGCGAAAUCAUCUAAUCGAUGGAAGUCGUGACAUACACACCCACACACGCACUUGUCGACCGACUUCGCGACUUGUACUUUUCAAACGGAAAUAGUAUGCGGGAAACGAACAUAGAUUCGCAACGAAAUAUUCCGGCUGCGCACGUGUGCAUUCCAGCGGGUAAUAUUAUGAAAGUGAAAAUGGGGCUGUUGCGAACGAUCGAUUCCUAGCGCGAAGCGAGAGUGCGGUCCGUUGAUCUCUCGAUUUCUCGGGUUUUUCUUCGCGCGAGACGACGAUCAAACUUUUACGAGGCUGCUAUAGCACGACGGUAAUGAAAUGUCGACAUAAAGUCGCUUAUUUUUUAUGUCAUGCGCUCCGAGAGGAAACAAAUAUAUAAUACAAUAUAAUACAUAUAAUACAUGUGAGAUUAUUUAACAUUAUCUGACAAACGAAAUUAGUUUAUCAAAUUUGGAGAGAAUUAAUUUUUGGGCGGUAACGCAUAUCGAUAAGAGAAUAAAGGUCAAAACUCCAACGAGUGAGAUAAUUUUUCAACAAGUCCGCUGCUGGAAUUAUCAAUUUUUGGGAUCACGUUUACGCAUAAAUGUGUAUAUGCAUUUGAUUGACGUGGAAUUAAAACCCCGUGGAAUUUAAAUAGAAAAAAUUCAACGGAAGAUUUAAAAAAUGGGCAGAAAGCAGAAGCGCCGCCUGAUACCGGAACAGGAUCGUAAAAUUUGCGGUAGCAUAUGCUUCUUCCAGUUCACCUUCGUCAUCAGUUGCGUGGCUUUGGUUUACCUCAGCGUGGCGAUCUACGCGCCGUCGUAUAGGGCCUUCCACGUUGGCAUCGAGCCGGAACCGGUGAUGUGCCAAACCGUUAACGCCUCGAUGGUGAAUAAUUGCGGAUGGGCAAGUUGCGGCGAGUGGUGUUUGACGAAGACGAGCGGUUUUUGUCCCCAGUAUCACGCGACCGUGAGACGUAAUGGCACCGACGUGACUUUCGAAAAUUGCACCAAGUUCAGCAGUAUGGCGUGUCCCCAGGCGAACAUGAGGAGCAUGAAACGGUACAAUUGCAACAACGGCAGCGAGUGCAGCAUGUUGACGGGGGUGUUCAACUGCAGCCUCGGACAUUGCUCGAACAUGAGCGAGCUGAUGCUCUGCCAUCACAAGGCCGACGGCGUCGUCAUCGAUAGCGAGAAGGACAAUAUGAAGCUGAACGGCUUCUUCAGCUGUCAGCACUCCAGAUGCACGAAAAUCAAGAGUACCUUCACCUGCGACCGAUACUGCCCGAGCAUUUCCACCAGCGACGUAAACGUCUAUCUAAUGCACGACGACAGUAUCAUAUCAGCCAGGUGCUCCCGCGGGAUGGCCUUGAACAGGGCGAACGGUAGCCUACCCGGUAUCAGAUUGGACAACCCCGUUAAAAUCUGGGACGAGCGGAACGGCAGUAUUUUCGCGAGCUGCUUCGCCGUGACGAACCACGGCAAUAUCAUCAGCACGGAGGACUGCGUGAACGGCACGUUGUUGGACGAGAUUCCGAUCCCCGAACCGUCCAUUAACUUCACGAGCUUCCUGAAAAUUUACGAAAAGACCCUGAAGCAUCCGGUGGAUCCCACGAAUGCCUAUGUCCCGGCACAGCAGUCUUUGACGAUCUACAAUACCUCGCGAUUGUACAUCAAUCUCGAGCGUUGCGUCAACACAUUGAGAGGCGAGUGCAGACGAUUCCAGUUUACCCACGGCCGCGACGGCGAUAAUCAGACCGCGCAGAGCAGAUAUCCCUGUUAUUACAAUAAGAACAACUCGUUAUUCGUGGUUGCACGUUUCGAUCUGAAGAAGACGCGAAUGGAGCUGUUGAUCGCCGUUAUCGUGCCGGCUGGAGUGUUCGUCAUCAGCGUCAUUACCCUGAUUAUCAUCUCGCGAUCGGUGCAGGUAGGGGACGACGCAAAAAUGCGAUGCAGAUACUGCGUUGACAAUCAAGAGACCCGGGGCGAGGACGAGGGACUCGUGGAGGCGACGUCCUCCGCGACUCAAAGUCAGGCUAAUGAGAACGAGAUCAGAAGUAUGACCCUUUAGCAGUACAAGCCGUUUGGCACGGGCGCUACACUGGGUUACGAAAGGCUGCCGUUGAUCGACAUGGACAACGCUGAGGAUUCCUUUUAGAGAAGAAAACGCGAUACUUGAUUUUCUAGCGGUCGCCGUGCCGGACAGAUCCAUCCAACAAGAAAAAUCUUGCGAGAGACAAGCUCUAAAAAUGAAAUCCGAACACAAAUGAAGCAUGUGAGGCAAAGUUAAAUUCUCGGAUGGACAUUAACGUCGUCUUCCGGAAUGAGGUGCAAUCAAUUUUUCUACAGUUACAAUGAUCAUUGUAAUGCGUAAUAACGUGGACGUUACAAUGAUGUGACCUGAUCGUUGUGCUUGAAAUGAAAUUAAACUUCAAGUAAUCUCUCUGCCAAUGAAACUCAUCGAAAGUAACCCAUUCGGGGUCCAAGUUAAUAAUACCGACUCUCUAAUUAGAUAUCGAUCGGAUACAUUUUCACUGUUGCCUUCGAUGUAUCGCUAUCACUUUGUUUGCGCGCCAGACAAACGGACGGACACUGGUAUCACAAUCGUCGAUACAUUAGUUUUAAGAUUUUACCUCCAGAUAUAUUUAAGAAACUUUCAUUAAAGUACUUGUGUAAUAUACGAUUGUUUACAUUGUCGUCGUAUUUUAUCGAACGGUAUCUAACAAUAAUGGCGUUAAACAAAACGUCUUCGCGCAAUGUGUACGAAUGAAGUGAAAGAUGAACAACAUUAAUCAACGAAGACAAAACGGAAUGAGUGAUGGAACGAAUGGAUAAACGCUGAAAUAUAUAUUCACUACAGUAAACGUCACUCCGCGAAAAUAUCCUUUUUUUACGCGAUAUAAUUGCGAUCUUUGCGCAAAAUGUGAAAUAAUCAAGCUUAUUUUGAUGUACAACGUAUAGAAUAACACGGCGACUUACAAUUAGAGCUCAUUUAAUAUUCGGUUAUCAACGAACGUGCAUUUAUAUUUUUUCUACAUCCACUUAUAUUGUGCUACACUGUAGUUGACUCCGUACUACUGUGAUUAGAUACAUCUAAUACCGCUGGUAAAAAAACACUCGAUGCGAUUUCCUAUUUCUGAUACGCGAGUACUACGACUGCCUAUAUAUGCGUAAAUUAUAGUUGUACAGUAUAUAUUGUACUACAUACUUGCGAUGCCUAAGUAUCAGUACCUUACGAUGUAAAUAUAUCAAAAUAUAUAUUAUGACAUAACAUGCUUUCAGCGAGACAUUUAUAUAUUCGUGGUAAUCGACAUUGCCUCAAUUUUCGUGCCAGUUUCGUGUCAGCGUGUGUUUCAAGUCAAUCAAAAAUAUGAUCCGUCGCGUAAUAAAUAUUCGAAAUACUUGAUACAAUUAACAAAUAUGUAUUAAUUAGAAAUAUGAAUUUUUAUAAGAGGAAUAACG